ACAUGUAGCAUUGUUUAUUUCGAGCGAGUGUCUAUGUAGUUAUCAGUCAUCAGAGAGAAAUAUUAUUGAUAACACUUCACAACGUCAACUUGCUGUCUGUUUACUUACAUAUAAAACAAGACAAAACGCCGUUUACCUAUAUUGCAUGAUAAUGACCUCCUGCGUUACUUGAGGGCUAUCUUUCCAUCUUGCUGUAUGUAAGGCUGGUACUGUACCUUGAAGCUGACUGUCAAGUAGAAAAGCGGAUUAACCAUCAUAAAGCGAUUACUGCAAGCUAAACCUUCAGUCAGAAAAUUACAAUACCUUAUAAUACGUUAACAAUAAUAUAAUUUUAUGUAAAAAAAGUUAUUUGUCAAGCAAAAAUGUCAGACAAAAGUGAAAACCAGACUGCUGUUAGCAAACUACAGCCAGACUGUAAGACUGUUCUUGUUACUGGAGGUGCUGGUUUCAUUGGGUCGCAUCUGGUUUUGCUUUUGGCUGCACGAUAUCCCUUGUGGCGAAUCAUUAAUGUUGAUUCACUGGACUAUUGCUCAAGUUUGAAGAAUCUCAAACGUCUUGAGAACACAAGCACUUACAAAUUUAUUCAGGGAGAUGUCUGUGACCAAUACUUUAUUAAUAAUCUGUUUUCUACUGAAAAUAUAAACAUUGUCUUUCAUUGUGCUGCUCAGACACAUGUUGACAAUUCCUUCCUGUAUCCAUCCCAGUUUAUGCAUGUCAAUGCCACUGGCACAGGUAUACUUCUCCAAGCAGCAUUAAAAAGUAGUGUAGAGAAGUUCAUAUAUAUGAGCACUGAUGAGGUUUAUGGAGACAGUCUGGACAAGGAUUUUGAUGAGUUGAGUCCAAAAAACCCAACCAAUCCAUAUUCCAUAUCAAAAGCUGCUGCUGAAAAUGUUGUGAUGUCAUACUGGAAAGAGCACAAGUUUCCAGUAAUAAUUGCAAGAAGCAGUAAUGUGUAUGGACCACGACAAUAUCAUGAAAAGGUUAUUCCACGGUUUUUAGUGCUUCUGCAACAGGACAAAAAAUGCACCAUUCAUGGAACAGGUUUGCAGUCCCGUCACUUUCUCUAUAUAGAUGAUAUAACAGAAGCCCUCCUAAUGAUCAUGAACAGAGGCAUCCUGGGAGAGAUUUACAACAUUGCUGCUAACUUUGAAAUUUCCAUCAUACAGCUAGCCAAAGAGCUAGUAAAAAUGGUGAAGAAUGCUUCUGCCUAUGAGCUGGACAAUUGGCUACUGUUUGUUGAAGAUAGACCUGUUGGUGACCAGAGAUAUCCCAUGAUUUCAGACAAGAUGCGCAAACUUGGAUGGAGACCAAGGGUCCAAUGGAAGGAAGGAAUACAAAGAACAAUUAGGUGGUAUGAAGAGAAUGUGGGCUACUGGCCAACAGUCACUGAAAAGGAGGAGCGAGGAUGACAAAUGACGAAGCACAAUGUUUUCACACUACAAAGAAAUGUUUGUUUUUAAUUUCUGUAAGCUAAUGCCUAAUUUUAUUGCAUGCAUACAAAUAAACUAAUGUACAGUUUUCUUAAACUAUUGUGAAAAUGUAUAAUAUGGUUAAUUAAAUUCAUUGAUUUUAGUAACUA